AUGUCCAUGUAUCCGCAUCGCGCCAUGGGCGCGGUGCCCCCCAACAACUCGGCCCGGCUCAACGAGCUCCUCGACCAGAUCAGAACCGAGUUCGACACGCAGAUGCGCCAAACCGAGGGCUACGAACAUCAGAUCCAGGCCCAGGUCCAGGAGAUGCAGCUCGUCAGAGAAAAGGUUUACGCCAUGGAGCAGACGCAGAUGAAUUUGAAGCAAAAGUACGAGGAAGAGAUUGCUAUGCUCCGACGCCAGCUUGAGGGGGCCCGCGGAAACGCGCCGCCUAGCAUUGGCGGCCCCCCUCCUCACGCUGGACCGUCGCAACAGCCUCCCUCCAUUACACCCGGGACUGGCCUCUUCAACGGCAUCAUGACCGGUGGCGGCCAGGCCCAACUGGCCCCUCCUCCUCCCCCUCCUCCGCCUCAGGACCAGCAAAUGGGCCCGCAGCAUCAGAUGGCACAAGGCCCCCCGGGCCUCCCGGGCCCGCCGCCGCCGCCCCCUCAGUCGCAGCAGCCUUUCCAGCAAUAUCCCCAGGGUCCCGGCGGACCCGUCUCUAAUGGCCUUGGCUCCCAGCCUCCUCAGACGACCGCAUCGCCUGGCCCCGGCAGACGCGGAAUCGGACGACCUCCCGCGGCUGUUGGUCCGGCUACUCCUCAGAUCAACACCCCGAUUCCAUUCCCCGGCGCUACGCAGUCGCCCCAAGUCAGCCAUCCGACGCCUGAUCACGCGCGGAUGGGAGGUCCUCAUGCCCCUCCUGUGGGAAACGCUCUUGGCGAUCUUGACCCUGAUCGCCUGCCUCCUCAUUCCAAGAAAUCGGGUCACGACUGGUUCGUCAUCUUCAACCAGCAUGUGCCGCGGAUGCUUGACGUCGACCUGGUCCACACUCUUGCGCACGAGAGCGUUGUCUGCUGUGUGCGAUUCAGCCACGAUGGCAAGUACGUGGCCACCGGAUGCAACCGGUCCGCACAGAUUUACGAUGUUCAGUCCGGUGAGAAGCUGUGCGUUCUUCAGGAUGACACUGUCGACAUCACCGGGGAUCUUUACAUCCGCAGCGUCUGCUUCAGUCCUGAUGGCAAGUACCUUGCUACUGGUGCCGAGGACAAGUUGAUCAGAGUCUGGGAUAUCCAGUCCAGGCAGAUUCGCAACACCUUCUCUGGCCACGAGCAGGACAUCUACUCGCUCGACUUUGCCCGCGACGGUCGUACGAUUGCUUCCGGAAGUGGAGACAGGACCGUCCGUCUCUGGGAUAUUGAGCAAGGUACCAACACUCUUACUUUAACCAUUGAAGACGGUGUCACGACGGUCGCCAUCUCUCCCGACACCAAGUAUGUCGCGGCCGGUUCGCUUGACAAGAGCGUCCGCGUUUGGGAUAUCCACCAGGGAUACCUCCUGGAGCGACUUGAGGGCCCUGACGGCCACAAGGACAGUGUCUACAGUGUUGCUUUCUCUCCUAACGGCAGAGACCUGGUCAGUGGCAGUUUGGACAAAACUAUCAAGAUGUGGGAGUUGAGCACGCCUCGUGGUCUUCCCAACCCCGGUCCCAAGGGAGGACGUUGCGUCAAGACUUUCGAAGGACACAGAGACUUUGUUCUCUCCGUCGCUCUGACUCCCGAUGCUGCCUGGGUCAUGUCCGGUUCCAAGGACCGCGGUGUGCAAUUCUGGGAUCCUCGCACUGGAGCCACACAGUUGAUGCUCCAGGGUCACAAGAACAGUGUUAUCUCCGUCGCUCCCAGCCCGACGGGAGGCUACUUCGCCACCGGCUCUGGUGAUAUGCGGGCGCGCAUCUGGUCAUACCGAAGUGUCCAGUAG